AUGGAUCGAUGCGAUAACCAGCCCAAAUCUCCCACUGCCUCUCAGCUAGCGGCAGGAGGUUCUCCAGACACUCCUGUACCGACAUCUCCUACGCUGUCUACACUAUCAUCAAUCUACCCUCCGAGGUUUACUGCGGCAGCUCCUAGGUCUCCUCCUGUACGUGGUCCGAGGAAUUAUCCGGAAACUAACGAUUCUCAUGUCCGCUUUCAUCUUGGUAUCGUUCCUCGCACUUGGUUGGCUCCACGUGAUCCCGACUGCGAACUACCCUCAAUAUUUUCUAGCCUUGAAGUGUAUAAAGGAGAAGACUCGGAUAACAAUGGCCUGGACGCUGCCCAGAGUGCUAUAGGCCAUGCAAUCGAGGCAUAUAAGAAGAGUAUCCUGGAUGAACUGGAAGAAAAUGGCACCGUGUUCGGACUUAGGGUUCAACUGCCACCCGACGGCGGAGAUUAUGGGGUAGUGAGAGAGACGGUUGAAUACGAGGCUUUUGAACAUUUUGACCGACUACAAGCAGCACUAGCGGCGCACGAAUUCCGUGAACAUGGCGUGCCUAGAGAGCGCCGUGAGGAUUUCUUUGGACCACUUCCCCCUAGGGACAUGCACGAUACUAGACUCUAUACAAAUCGUGUUUACAUUGCAACUAGGUACUCAUUAGAGUCAAACGACCCGCGGGAUAUUAUCAACUCGAUGUGGCGAUAA